AAAAGAUCAGUCCAGUUGGAAUGUGAACCAGAAACACUGUUCAUUCCCACCUUCUUGUCUUCCAAUCUCCACUGUCUAUCCUUUUCCCCUAUAAUUUGAUGCCCGCCUUCCCAUUUCUAGAUAUUUUCAGACAGAGGAUUUGUUUAAUGGUUCAUUAAGAGAGAAGCAAGACUUUUUGUUUUUCUUUUCCUCCUCAAAUCCGCAACUACGAUGGAAGAGGGACCUCUGAGCAGCGGAGAUGAUGCAAUCAAUUUGGAUGUUGAUAAGAAAGGAGGUGUUACAGUUCCUAUGAUGCGGUGGGGGAGGUUUCUUCCUCGGAUUGUUCUCAGAGUAUUGCUGGUAGAAGCGGAUGAUUCCACUCGCCAGAUUAUUGCAGCGCUUCUCAGGAAAUGCAGUUACAAAGUUACUGCGGUUACUGAUGGACUUGAGGCGUGGGAAGUACUGAAGGGAAAAUCUCCUAAAAUAGAUCUCAUAUUGACUGAAGUUGAUUUACCAUCUAUAUCGGGAUUUGCUCUUCUUACUUUAAUCAUGGAGCAUGAAAUAUGUAAAACCAUUCCUGUCAUAAUGAUGUCAUCGCAAGAUUCAGUUCGUAUGGUGUACAAAUGCAUGCUGAGAGGUGCUGCUGAUUUUCUGGUGAAACCUUUGAGGAAGAAUGAGCUGAGGAACUUGUGGCAACACGUUUGGAGAAGACAGAACUUCACUAACAGUGGACAAGGUGCUCAAGAUGAAAGUGUUGCGCAACAAAGGGUUGAAGCUGGAGCUGAAAGUAAUGAUGCUAGCAAUGAUUCAUCAAGUGUCUAUAUUGCCACUGAUCAGAAAAUCAGAGAGCACGUCGAGAAAGGAAGUUAUGCCCAGGUUGAUUUCAUUUUCGAUGAGACUUGUUUCUGCAACCAGCUAAUUUUCUUGAUUGUUUUGAAUUUGGUUUUUAGUGUAGAUUGUAUGUGUUUGUAUUUAAGUUGGAGUUUGCAUGUUUUACAGAGCUCUUCUACAAAACCAGACAUAGAAGUCGAUGACACAUUCCCUAGAAUUACACAUGAACUUCGAAAAUAUGAUCUAGAUUAUGUGGGCUUACUAAAGAAUGAAGAAGUUUCUCCAUCUAACAAGAAUUUAAAGAUUCUUGAUGCGUGUCCUGGCCAGCUUGUGCGCACCUUGCCCAAUCAAUGGGGGAGGCUAGCACAACGACCUACCGGCAUGACCCCCAACUUCAAUCAAGGAGUAGAGGUAGCUGGCAGCAAAAAAGACAAGAUAAUGAUAAAUGAUGAAAAACCUGAAAGCCAUCUUCAAAACAAUGUUGAAGUUUUUGCUACGAAUCCAUUAUCUGCUGCUAUUCUUCCUUUGAAAGAAGCUGUUGAUUUAAUUGGAGCAUUUGGUGAUUUCUCAAAUAGUAUUUGCAGAAGUAUCAGUCCUCCUAGAGAUUAUAUAACAGAUGGAGUAGAAGAUUAUCUGAAGCUGGAUCUUUCCUUGAGAGGAUCUUGUGCUAGUGUUUCCGUAAAUCAAGUUAUUACAACUGUUGAAAAGCAGAGAUUGAACCACUCUGAUUCCUCAGCUUUUUCAAGGUAUAUAAACAAGAAAUAUGAUCGGAUUGAGAGCUUGAGUCGAAAGGUGGUUGAUGAAACUGUUUUUGAUGGUCCUGGUCAAUGGAAAGGUGAAAUAUCUUUUCCUGGACCUCAUCAUCAGCAGAAGGCAAUAUUAACUGUUCCAGUUCCAUUCAGAACCAUAAGGGUGGAUAAUUCAUCUUUUAAAAUGAAUCCCCUCUUUGAACAAUCAAACAUUGAAAGAAGAAACUCUCAAAAGCUUUGUAGUAGUUCUAGAACAGAGCAGCAAGUUUUGAACAACAACUCAGAGAAGAACAAGUGUUCAUCGGAUAAUAAACAACAAUAUUUUGAUCAAAUUCCAGCUCCAGGUCAUUGGGUUUCUGCAGAGAAUGGCAAUGAUAGAAUCUUGCAACAACGGUCCAUCCAGAGAGAAGCAGCCUUAAACAAAUUCCGUAUGAAACGAAAAGAAAGAUGCUAUGAGAAGAAGGUACGAUACGAAAGCAGAAAAAAGCUGGCAGAGCAACGACCUCGGGUGAAAGGACAGUUUGUUCGUCAAGAAGCACUACUACUAUUGGAAGAGACGAAUAGUACUGAACUUGGUAAUUCAGAUGACAGUUAACUAGUCUAUUUAACUGUUAUUAUAUAAGAGGAUGUUCAAGUUUUGAGGCUGCUGGUGUAUAUAUUGUUUUCUGUACAAUUCUGUGUUCAUAUUGGGAGUAUAUAGAAGAAAUUCUCAAUUGAAUGGAAUAAACUUCUUUAUAUUAAGCUU